AUGCCUUGGUUCAAACGACUUUUCGGUAUUGUAGGAGGAUGUACGCGAUCUACGCUUCACAGCAACAGCAAUCGUGGAGUUGCAUCACCAUCGAUUCGAUGCAUUCCGUCUACAAUCAUGGCAGCUCAUCCAUCCAGAGUACCGCCACCCAUACGAUUGCUGGACGCCUCCACCGCUUGGCAAUGUCGGACGCUCUCUACUACAGCUACGACUGCUACUAACAGUCUCCCCACAACUCUACAACGACGUUCUUUUUGGACUACAGGUGGUGAAGGCGAUGACAACGACCAUCAGGGCACGGAAUCCAGUCCACCACGGACCAUUACAUUGACCUAUAGACAAUCCUUUUUGAACAAUCCAGCCGCCACUUACCCAGUCUGUGUGUGUACUGCUCAAGGUUUGCGAUCCUACAUGGAAGAUGAGCACUUUUACAGUCAAGACGGAGAGUUUGCCGCCGUCUUUGAUGGCCAUGGUGGCGAUGCCGUAUCCCGGUACCUCCGCAAGAAUUUAUAUGCUAAUGUGCAAGCAUUCUUGCCGUCCUUGACAGCAGAUGACAAUAGCAAUGCCGAAUCGUCAUCAUCCACGAAACGUCCCUUUGCCACAUUGGAAGAUUAUCAACAUGCCAUUACAUCGGCCAUUGAAAAAGUGGAUCGAGAAGUCCAACGAAUCAGUCAUUGGAGCUUUCAAGGGAGUACCGCGGUCGCCGUCUGGGUGCACGAAGAUCGCGCAAAGGCAAAAAAGACCAUUGUCACGGCCAAUGUCGGAGAUAGUCGCGCCGUUCUGAGUCGGAAUGGAACUGCCUACGACCUGUCCAAGGAUCACAAACCAGAUGAUCCAAAGGAAGAAGCCCGGAUUGAAGCACUAGGUGGCAAGGUCGUUUGGUGUGGGGAUGUGGAUAGCGACGGCAAUCCCAUUCCAGAAGAAGGUAUCUAUCGUGUCAAUGGUAAUCUAGCCCUGUCACGUGCCGUGGGAGAUCGGUCGGAACGACCACAUGUGGUGGCCAAUCCCGACAUUACCUUUCAACCAAUUCUGGAGGGUCAUGAUAACUUUAUUAUUGUUGCCACGGAUGGACUCUGGGAUGUCUUUGACAGUGACGAUGCUGUCGAUUUUGUCAUGUCAAUGAGACAAAGUGGCCAUGAUCUAGAGAGAAUUGCUACGUUGGUGGUAGAGGAGGCCUUGCGUCGAGGAACCUAUGAUAAUGUCACCGUGGUCAUUAUCUGGCUGGAUGAAAAAGUUGAGGCCAGCAAGCCUGGUGUCGUCGAGCAAGAAAUCUAA